AUGGCUCCUGAGCUGUACGAGGAGGAAUACACGGAACUGGUGGAUAUAUAUUCUUUUGGCAUGUGUUUGCUUGAGAUGGUGACCCUUGAACUGCCUUACAGCGAAUGUGAUAAUAUUGCCAGAAUUUACAAGAAGGUGACAUCUGGAGUAAGGCCAGAUGCCAUGAACAAGCUAAAAGAUCCAGAGGUGAAGGCCUUUAUUGAGAAGUGUUUGGCUCAUCCAAGGGACAGGCCUUCUGCUGCCGACCUCCUCCAUGAUUCCUUCUUCCAUGAUAUUUCUCAUAAUGAUGAUGACGAAAACUGA